AAUUUCACCUCCCGGAAGCCGCCUCGCCGGCCUUCCCCCGCCCCUCCGGAAAGGGGGCGUGACACUCAUGAAUAAUGAAUCGCCGGGGGGAGGGGAGGGGUCCGCCCCCCUCGGGCGGGAAGGGGGAAGCGCCGAGGCUGCCUGACUGGAAUCCAGGGAGCUGCAGCGACGGCGGCCACGGGAGCAGGGCCGGCCAUGGCGGUGUGGACGCGGGCCACCAAAGCGGGGCUGGUGGAGCUGCUUCUAAGGGAGCGCUGGGUGCGGGUGGUGGCUGAACUCAGCGGCGAGAGCCUCAGCUUGACCGGCGACGCCGCGGCGGUGGAGCCCGAGCCGCCGGCUGCCGCCUUCAACGGUCUCCCGAACGGCGGCGGCGGCGGCGGCGACUCGCUGCCCGGGAGCCCGAACCGCGGCCUGGGGCCGCCCAGCCCGCCCGCCCCGCCCCGCGACCCCGCUGGGGAGGCGGGUGCCUCGCCGCCCGUGCGCCGAGUGCGAGUGGUGAAGCAGGAGGCGGGCGGCCUGGGCAUCAGCAUCAAGGGCGGCCGCGAGAACCGGAUGCCGAUCCUCAUCUCCAAGAUCUUCCCGGGGUUGGCGGCCGACCAGAGCCGGGCGCUGCGGCUGGGCGACGCCAUCCUGUCGGUGAACGGCACCGACCUGCGCCAGGCCACCCACGACCAGGCCGUGCAGGCGCUGAAGCGCGCGGGCAAGGAGGUGCUGCUGGAGGUCAAAUUCAUCCGAGAAGUAACACCAUACAUCAAGAAGCCGUCUUUAGUAUCAGAUCUGCCGUGGGAAGGUGCUGCUCCCCAAUCACCAAACUUCAGUGGCAGUGAAGACUCUGGUUCUCCAAAGCAUCAGAACAGCACCAAGGACAGGAAGGUCAUCCCUCUCAAAAUGUGCUUUGCUGCUAGAAACCUAAGCAUGCCAGAUCUGGAGAACAGAUUGAUAGAGCUACAUUCUCCUGAUAGCAGGAACACCUUGAUCCUACGCUGCAAAGAUACGGCCACAGCACACUCCUGGUUCGUAGCUAUCCAUGCCAACAUAAUGGCUCUCCUCCCACAGGUAUUGGCUGAACUCAAUGCCAUGCUUGGUGCAACCAGUACAGCAGGAGGCAGCAAGGAAGUCAAGCAUAUUGCCUGGCUGGCAGAACAGGCUAAACUAGAUGGUGGAAGACAGCAGUGGAGGCCUGCUCUCAUGGCUGUGACGGAGAAGGACUUGUUGCUUUAUGAUUGUAUGCCAUGGACACGAGAUGCCUGGGCAUCACCAUGUCAUAGCUACCCUCUUGUUGCCACAAGGUUGGUUCAUUCGGGUUCUGGAUGUCGGUCACCCUCCCUUGGAUCUGACCUUACCUUUGCUACAAGGACGGGCUCUCGGCAGGGCAUUGAGAUGCAUCUCUUCAGGGUUGAAACACACCGGGAUUUGUCGACCUGGACCAGAAUACUUGUUCAGGGUUGUCAUGCUGCUGCUGAGCUGGUCAAGGAAGUCUCCCUAGGCUGCACCUUAAGUGGCCAAGAGGUAAGAUUCACUGUCCACUAUGAACAUGGGUUCACUAUCUCCAGAGACAAUGGCGGCUCUAGCAGCAUAUUGUACCGUUAUCCUUUUGACCGGCUGAAGAUGUCUGCUGAUGAUGGCAUCAGAAAUCUCUAUCUGGAUUUUGGUGGUCCUGAGGGAGAACUGACCGUGGACCUGCAUUCUUGUCCAAAGCCGAUUGUAUUUGUGUUACACACAUUCUUAUCCGCCAAAGUCACUCGAAUGGGACUGCUUGUAUGAGCAGCAAGAGUCAAGAAAGAGCUUUGACUGUCACAAAAAGUAUUUACACUUCAAAAACAUGAAAAUUUAAAAAGAGCAACAACAACAAGAAGCACAAAAAGAAACCCUUGCUCUCCUCCAUCAUAGUGCCUUCCCAAGGACCUGCAGGUCUCUGCUGAACCAACGGGGUUCAAAACGGGCUGACCUUACCCACACAACUUUGGUCAGAAAUUCUAGAACUAUAGUAAGCUCCAAAUUGAAGUCAUGAUUUAUCGUCUCAUUUCAUAAUGUGAUCUCUAUUUAUGUUUAUUUCCCAUUAUGAAGGCUGGCUCUUUAGGUUUCUCCUUGGAUAUAAACAAAUAGCCAAAAGAAGUUCUUUUCUUCCUUAGUCUUGAGCUCUUACUAGGAUAACUGUCACUCCCCAGAUGCUAAUGUACAACAGCCCAUCCCGCAGGCAUCCCACACAGGUCGAUCGCACGCAGUGUUACUCUCUUUACCUGUUCGUCCCCAAAGGUUCUUCCAUUCACCCUCCUUCUCGCUGACCUCACCCUGCCCCACCCUCACCUCUAACACCAGCUCUGCCCCUCAUGAGUGCAACCUUUAGUCUGGUUGCCUUUGCCUUCACUCUCCCUCUUUGUGGUUGGCCAACUUGGAAAGCAAGUUGGAAACCGCUGCUCUAAAAGGGGGGUUUUGCUUCCUUUAGUUGUAUUGAGUUUAUAUGUGGUAGGAGCCAGGGGAUGGUCUAAGGUUUAUUUUGAAAGAAAGAUCCUCAUUUUAAGCUAAGCCAUUUCUUAUUGCUUACCAAAUGUGCCUUUGGUCAGGGUCACUGGAGCUUUAUGAGUGACUAUUUAGAUGACUGGAUCUCACUGCCAUUCUAGGGAUGCCAUAGCUUUGAGGAGUCAUCCUGGAGGCCGGUUUCUUAGUGUCGUCUUUGAAUGGCGUCUUUGUGAGUCGUUAGUUUCAAAGCACAGAUGACAUGUCAAAUGCAUAGGGCACUGUAAGGCCAGGGAAGGUCCUGACGUUGGACUUCUGUGGCCCCAAAGUAGUAAGGACAAGUUGCCUUCAGCUCACAGUUAAAUAUCGGCUUCCCAACACACCCUGAGUGGGUAGGGGAUAAGACACACCGCUCACCUGCUUUUGCUCAGUAUGGCCAAGUGUCAUCAUGACUCAGCAUCAGGGUGCUUUCUGGUUUUGUGGCCUGGAAAAUCAUACUCAGCUUGCUUUUCCUGGUUUAGAAGGAAAUAGAUAAGUGUAGAAACAUUUGAAAUAGUCUCUCUACAUAAAAUAACCAGAUUAGCACAGUCUCUAAAUCUGAACAAAAAAGAAACAUUGAUUUUUGAGUUUUUGUGCUCUCUAAAAAACAUCUAGAAGUAGCUCUUAUUUUCUAGAUUUCUGUCUACACAGGAAUGUGAAGCUUCAAAUGGGGUCGUGGGGGAAAGGAAAGAAAACACAACUGUUCACACAGAACCUGAGCUGUGUAGUUUGGGUGCCUUGAUUGACAUGUUGAUCAGAAGAAAGAACAGAUACCCAAGUAGAGAUGGUGACCCCACUGUCCUCUGCUGUCUCUGCGUCAGACCUCCCUCUGCUCUCUGCCGUCAGACUAACAGUAUACAAAGGCUGGAGAGGAAUGUCCCUCCUGCCUCACCUUCAAAUAGACAUUGGAGCACCAAAAAAUGAAUGUUGGGAUCCACUUUAAACUAGAAAUUAAAAUCUAAAGAACAUCUUUCAAGAACUUUCUAUGUUUUAAAAAGUUAUAACUCUGAGAUUGGAUCCAUCCAUGAUACAUCUUCAACUCAAAAGAAAAAAAAAUUUUAAAGGUCCAGCCAAGUUCAGAAAGCAGAACUACAACAGAUAACCUCAGGCGGAGUGCUGGGAUGCUCUUGUUACUAGGAGAUAUGGAUGACUCAGGCUUCAGCAGUAGAGUUGAAGUCUUCCACACUGGUGUGAAAGGCUCAACCUCCAGGAAGUGCAACAGGAGUUUUUGCCACCUGGUCCCUUAGAAGAGCUGUAAGCCAUGUGAAGUCUAAGGGUACAUAAGAUGUUCGUCCUUUGUCUGAGGACUGUGGCCCACAAGGUUUUUGAUAUUGUCAUUUGGAUCCUGAUGUAAAAUGAAGGCUUAUGGAUGAUUUCUUUGUCAUUAACAGCCCCGAGAGCAAGGGCUUGAAGCUACUUGUUUGAGAAGCUGUAGCAGCCCCCUGGCAUGUGGUCAACUAAGUGUGUUGACUUUUUUCAAACCACAAGUGAAAUGCUUUUUGUGAGUGCGGGGCACCUUGAUAAUAUCUGUAUUAUCAAUUUUGUAUUCAAAUGCCAAAAGACGGUAAAAUAUUUUCAAGUCAUAACUAAAAUGAACAUCUUUGAUAAUUCACCUCUUUUAUAGAAUCAGCUAGAUUGUCUUUUCUAUCUCUUUUGAAUAUUGUUGGGGAUGUUGCAGGAUCCUGGGGUGUCAGUGGAGAGGAAACUACAGAGCACCCAGUUCAGAUGGACCACUUCCUAGGCGUCUUUGCUUCCCACACCUGGGCGUGAGAAAUCUCCUGCCCCACAAGAAAGAGGGCUAAAGGAAGCUGAUAUUGUCAACAAGCAUUACCUAGAAAUUGGUAUCAAAUGUUUUAUCUAAAGAAAUGCUCGGCCGGGCCGUGGUGGCACACGCCUUUAAUCCCAGCACUUGGGAGGCAGAGGCAGGCGGAUCUCUGUGAGUUCCAGGCCAGCCAGAAAAACUUUGUCUCAAAAAGCCAAGAAGAAAGAAAGAAAGAAAAAGAAAGAAAGAAAGACUCCUGUGUAUGCUAUAUAGAUAAUUAUGACUAAAGUCACCAACAUGUAAACAGUUUCAGGUUAAAUAUCGGGACAUGUGUGGGCAAUGAGAAUGUUAUUUUAAAUGUCAUCUGCCUUUUUUUGAAGCCAUGUUUAGCACUUUUUAGACUAGAGUAAGUCUGAUAGUGCCUAGUGAGGUUUUUUGUUUUUUGUUUUUGCCCUAACUCUCAGUUUGUUAGUGGAAAUUGUUUGCAUGGUAGGAGAGAUUGGAUUAUUUAUAUUUUUAUAUGUAGAGAAAUCUCUCCAGCCAAAAAAGCUAACAUUGUCUGAUUUGUUUUCUUAACUGAACAGAGUAGUAGCAAAGCUUUUGUUCAGCUGAAUAAAUGCACUUAGCUGAUAAACCAAAAUUUAUUCUUUCAAAAUAAGACAUUAUUAUCACCAAAAAAUAUUAGACUGUGUAGAAUCUGAACACAAUCCUGCUCCCCCUGCCUCCCCCCAAAAAAAGGUUUUACUAUGAGUGGAUUUGGAUGAACAAAAAUAUGUGAAGAAAAUUGCUGAUUUCUUAAAAUUUUGUAAGAAACUCAAAGACCUCUUGUUUAGUUUAAAUGCAUGUGGAUUUGUUUCCAAAUUCAUCAAAGAAUAUGCCCAUGUGUUUUAAUGCAAAACAUCUUCCAAGUUGCUGUGCAACUUCUGUUGAAAGCCCCACCUGCUAAAAGAGUUUGAGAGCCUGAGUGUUUGUACUCCUUUAAUCCCAGCACUUGGGAGACAGAGGCAGGCAGAUCUCUGCUUUCGAGACCAGCCUGGUCUACAGAGCAAGUUCCAGGAUAGCAUGCAAAACAAUACAGAGAAACCCUGUCUCAUAAAACCAAAGAAAAAAAAGUAAAAUAAAAUAGAUAAAUUUGAGAUUGUAUAAACUUUAGUUGAAUUUUAUGAAAGUCCUGCUCAUUCUUUCAAAUGUUUCUGUCAGGCACAUGAACCAGGUGGCACUAUAGUCUACUGUGAGCUUAGGAUGCUUUUUUUUUUUUGGUUUUUCGAGACAGGGUUUCUCUGUGGCUUUGGAGGCUGUCCUGGAACUCGCUCUGUAGACCAGGCUGGCCUCGAACUCACAGAGAUCGGCCUGCCUCUGCCUCCCGAGUGCUGGGAUUAAAGGCGUGCGCCACCAACGCCCGGCCUUAGGACGCUUUCUAUGACAUUACAGUUGUUUUGUGACUUUUCCUCUGCUGAAGACGAAAGAAACUUUAUUUUCCUAUUGUUCCUUCUCCAUGCCCUUAUUUUAAUUAUUUAGUAAUAUAGAAUGAUUUUUGUUUUGUUUUGUUUUUCGAGACAGGGUUUCUCUCUAUUGUUUUGGAGGCUGUCCUGGAUCUCUCUCUGUAGACCAGGCUGGCCUCAAACUCACAGAGAUCUGCCUGCCUCUGCCUCCCAAGUGAUGUGAUUAAAGAUCUGCACCACCACUCGGCUCCUAGAAUGAUUUUUAAUUUUCUACGUACAAUCCCAAAAGCUGAUGGCAGUUAUCCUGAACUGUCUUUGAGCUCCACCCUUCACUGUGUUGGGCCUCUAGACAUUGACUAAGAGUGUAAUGACAGGUAAAAAUCAUGCAUGUCAGGAUUAUGUAUCUUCGAGCAACAUAGUUGUUCUACACUAUAAUGACGUAAGUGGGAGUCAGUCAUUCUAGCAAAAGACUGAAACCUGUUGUCUCUUUUCAAAAAGUGAAUGGCCUGGAGGUGUAGCUCAGUAGCAGAGCACCUGCCCAGCAUGUGCAACGCCUGGACCCUCUGGAGCACUGCUGAAAGCAGACACAAAUCCACACCUGUCUGAUCAGCAACACAAGUUUAUCAAAGGUGAGACUCAGGUUGAGGUUCAGGUAAUAACCACAGGGAUCACAUUAUUUCUUGUCUUUUUCCAGCAGUGGUCAAAUCAACUAGAAAAAUGGUUGUUACAUUAACUCAGAAAAACUUGAGUUCUUUUCUCUUUUAACGUUAGGCAUUUGCAUUGACCUCUGACAGGGCCGUGAGCAUGCUAAGCAUAUGGUUAGUACCACCGAGCUAUACAGUCAUAUAUUCCCAGCCUCUAUGAUUUCAGAAUGACAAGUUUUGGUUUUCUUCUUGGUUUUUAGACAUACUGUCUCAUAUGACCUAUGUCAACCUCAAAUUGCUGGUCCUCCUACCUCCAGCUGAGUGCCAGGGAUCACAGCUGUGCACCACUUUCAAACUAUAAACUCGAACAUUUUCUUGCCACCUCUAUUUUUCCAUCCCACUUUGGGUGACUUGAUCAAUUUGUUUUUAUGUAUAUGAGUUUUGCCUACAUGUACAUCAUAUGUACGCCUAGAGCCUGAGGAAGCCAGAAGAAGGCAUCAGAUCCUCAGAACUGAAUUCACAGAGGGUUAGAAGACAUCAUGUAGAUAGAUGCUGGGAACUAAAACCUAGCUUCUCUGCAUCUACUGCCAGUAAUCUUAACCACUGAACCAUCUCACCAGCUACAGUCUGUGAAGUACAAUUCCAGUACUCAGGAGGUGUGAGACAAGGAAAAUCAGGAGUUCAAAGUCAUCCUCACCUGCAUAAAGAGUUUAAAGUCAACCUAAGAUACAUGAAACUCAGCUCAAAAAUUUGAGUGUGAGUUUAAUGAAAUUUAUAAAUAUGCCUUUUUGUAAAUUACUCUUUGCUCUCAAAUACCAAUUGGUAUAUGUGCAUGUUGAUUGGUUUUGUUGUUUGAUUGGUUUUCCAAGACAGGGUUUCUCUGUCUAACAGCCCUGGCUGUCUUAUAACUCACUCUGUAGACCAGGAUGACCUCAAACUCACAAGGUCUGCCUGCCUCUGCCUCCCAAGCACUGGGACUAAAGGCGUGUACCACCAUAGCCCUGCUUGAAGCAUAUUCUAAGACAGUCUCAUGCUGGGCGGUGAUGGUGCAUGCCUUUAGUCCCAGCACUCAGGAGGCAGAGGCAGGCAGAUUUCUGUGAGUUUGAGACCAGCCUGGUCUACAGGAGCUAGUUCCAGGACAGCCUCCAAAGUCGCAGAGAAACCCUGUCUCAAAAAAAAAAAGACAGUCUCACAGUAUCUCCUAGGCUAGCCUUAUAACUCUCCAUAUAGCCCAAGGAAGGCCCCAAAACUUGCAGUCCUGUUGCCUAAGCUCUCAGAGGUUGGGAUCACAGACAACCUGUAUUGGGUUUUUAAAGGUGAAUACUUAGAUUUUUUUUUUGAAACAGAAGUUCUGGCUGGCCUUGCAAUGAUCUGCCUACACCUGCCUCCCCGAGUGCUAGAGUUAUUGGUGUUUCCUACCACACCUGGGGUAAAUGGCAGUCUCAACAAAGAACCUUUUUGUUACUACUCUACAAAAGGCAGUGAGAUGGAUUAAGUCACAGGAAUAAAAAUAGAUCAAAUUUACCUGAGUUGUAGGGUCCUUGGACAUGUAUUUUUUCAAAAAUUUUGAAGCCUUUUCAAAUUUUUUUUGAUACAAAUAAUGACAGCCUACAAAAGGGAGAAAAACUUAAGUUUUGUAAUGUCAUUAGAAUAUCAAAUAUCAAAACAUACUCUGCUGAAAAGCUAAAUCUUGCAACUACCUAAGACUUUUCACACUGCUUCAAACUCCUGUACUUAAAAGUCAAGCACUUAACAACCAUAAGUGUAGUUUUUGUUGUUUGUAAUGCCCGAGAGAGCAAAGUUGCAUCCCUUGGGUAACAGACACUUAGCCAAUCUGGGCUGGACUGCCUAAGGAAAGGCAGCCAUGUUUAAUUGUUUCCCAAACAGCACCUGAACUCUGUGGUGGAGGUGGCAGAAGGGUGUAGAUUCUUAGGCUUCUUUCCCCUUGUCUUCAAGUGUGCUGGAGUCAUGUGUGAAAAUGAGGUAUACCCUCAGUGUCUUGCUCUUUAAACUGCCCUUUGACAAUCAGGUGCUAAUUAUUGAAUUUUAUCAAAACCAGCACAUAGUAUUGCUGCAGGUUCCAUCCUUUGGAACAGAAAAAGUGCUUCCUUUCUGUUGACUCCUGUUACCAGUGGGUAUUUGUUGCAUCUUGCUGUUACUCUGAAUUAAUAGGAUUGGGGAGAAAAAAGGUUCAGAUUUGCAGUCUCUGCGACCCUCACUUAUAUCAUAUCCUAGGCACUGGGUUCAGAUCUUUAGUAUAGGAUGUCCUGUAAUGGUUACAGUCUGUUGGGUGAGUUCAGCAUGGAGCUCUCAGUGCCCAACCAAUCUCUUUUCUUUUUGGUGCCAGAUCUGAAGUUUUUCAGAGCACAUUUUUCUUCUAUGCACACUGAUAUCACCGACAUGUAUGUAUGAUUUUCCACGCUGCUCUUUUUUGCUAAGUGUAAAGACUUAGGAAACUAGAUUAAGUAAGGCUGUUGAUGUUAAUUGUAAGAAGACUUGCCUCAUAUACAGGAAGUCCCUGAUACUACACAAAACCAGGUGUGGUGGCCACAUCUGUGACCAGCACUCAUUUGGAAGGCAGGAGGCAGAAAGAAGGUAUCAAUAAAUGGAGUGAAUAUCAAGCCAGCUCGAGUGUGUGAAACUGUCUCAAAGAAUAAAUUUCUACCAGUUGGUUAUUGUGGGCUUUGUUUUCUUUUUAGAAUCUUUCAAGUAAGACCACUGUUCAAGUCUUACUUACAAUGUCUCAAGUGUUCUGGCCACCAAAUCAGAGACCCAUGACAUAAAACAGCAGUAUGUGUCUUGUGAAAGAAGCUUCAUGUAUACUCUAUUAAUAUAGAUGUUUAGAUGACACUUCUCUUGGGUUACACAUCAACACAGAGCAUUGUAUAUUACAAUGAAAACUUGUAACUUAAGGGUAUUAUAAAUAUAUAUAUAUAUAAAGUAUAUAUGCCUUUGUAACCUUUAUAUUGUAAAUAAAAAUUUGCUUUUAAA